AUGCAUCAUUAUCCAGUGGUCCUUCCUUAUCAACCUUAUGGUGGAGUCCUCCCUAUUCCUUUUCAUCCUGUUCCAAAUGGCAUGGCGUACUUCAACCAAUAUCCUUCUACUGCCGGAAUUACAUCAUAUCCUCAGUUUUCGCAUGUCUCGUCGUAUUCUAGUGGACCCCGUGAUAGCAAUACAUGGGCUAGACUUUUGAAUGAUGACUAUUCUGUUGAAUUCACGAGUAAUGAUGAAUUGCUCUCAAUUGAUUGGGUUCAGAAGCUAUUGGGUGUAUUCAUCUGCUGCCAUGAGGAAUUCAAGACUAUUCUGUUGAAUAAUAAAGUGCAGGUUUCAAAACCCCCCUUAGAUCGUUUGAUUUCUGAAUUCUUUGAGAAGUCAGUGAAGGCGCUUGAUAUUUGUAAUGCAAGCCAUGAUGGGGUUGAGAAGAUUCGUACAUGGCAAAAGCAUCUGGAUAUUGUGCUUUCUGCCUUGGGUUCGAAUAAGAGAGCAUUGAAUGAAGGCCAGUUCUGGAGAGCAAGAAAGGCACUGAUGGAUUUAGCAUUGGCAAUGCUCGAGGAGAAAGACUCUGGAUCAGUUUUUUCGCAACAUAAUAGAUCUUUUGGGCGUCAUAACUCGAGCAAGGAUCAACACUCGGCAGGGCAUUCACGAUCGCAUUCAUGGAGUGUCUCUCGAUCAUGGUCUGCUGCCAAGCAACUCCAGUCCAUUGCAACAAGCAACCUUGUUCCACCUCGUGGGAAUGAGAUUUCUGCUACAAGAGAACUUGCAGUUCCUGUUUAUACAAUGAAUUGUAUUCUCUUGUUUGUUUUGUGGACCCUAGUUACAGCAAUUCCUUGCCAGGACAGGGGUCUAAACAUUCACUUUUCAGUCUCACAGCAAUUUUCUUGGAGCGUGCCGGUUAACACCCUUUAUGAACGGAUCAUGGAGGAUUCAAAGAAGCGAGAUCACCGGAACUCAAAUGGAUUGUUGAAGGAAAUAUAUCGAGUUGAGCUAUGUACCCGUCACUUGACAGACUUGGUGGAUUCACCUCAGUUUUCCUUGACAGAGGAUCAGGAAAUGGAAAUUGAACAGGACAUGAAGGAGCUCACUCAUGUUUGUGAAGCUUUUAGAGUUGGACUGGAUACACUGGAGCACCAAGUGAGGGAGGCAUUCCAGAAGAUUAUGACGUGCCGAACUGAGGGUCUUGAUUACCUUGGCUCAUCCAGCUAUGCAGAUCAAUGAAAAUGUUGGAUUGUUGAGCUUACCAGAUGUACAAAUUUGCGGAACAUGUAUAUUUUUACAUCUUACCAGCUUUUUGGGGAGGAGGAAGAAUGAGUAGACGAGCUUAGUUGAUAAAUCAUUUAGCUUCCUUGUUUUGCAUUGUAUUUAUAUAUCUGUACUUUGUAUAAGAAAACAUAAUCACUUCAAAAAUAUUUUAUGGUUCGGUGGCUUAAAAUAUAUAUUUAUAUA